UUUCUUAGUGAAACAUUCCUCUCCUUCAUUUAUUUCUGAAAUUUCUAAUUGAAGUUUUAGUGUUGUGCUCUCAAAAAAAAACUGUUUCAAACACCUUUCAACCAAUCCUAAAGUGACUGCAACAAUUAAAAUCGAAUUGUAUUUAAUUAGGAAUUAUUAUCUACUUUAUUAAUCUUUUUAAAUUCAUGUGUAAUUUAUAAUUUUACAUCUGCAUAGACGACAUUUUAAGUAUCAUCAAUUCUCUUUUAAAUAAAAAUGGACCCUGGAGCGAAUGAAAGGCUUAACCAAAUCGCGGAAACAUUAGAUGACAAGAUACAUGAUGCGAAGAAUUUAAUACAAAAUACGGUACAACCAAAUGCAUCACCCCUUCGAAUUGAUGAAGGCAUUCAAGGCAGAAGAAUAAAAAGUGAGAUAGUCUACUCAAGUUCGUCACCGAACAGUAGUUCGUCUGAUGAAAGCAACACAUCUUACACACCCAACAGACUGCAGAGCUCACGAUCCCGUCGUGCCCACAAAUUUCCCACCAACGACGCCAAUAAUAUUGGCGAAUACAAACUGACGGUUAUUGUCGGUAACCAAUCUUUGAAUAUCUCUGGCCGUAAUUUUCACCUUGUCAAGACCGCGAAAGAAAUUCUCGAAGUUCUUCUGUCUGGAAAUGGAGAGCAGUCUAACAGCGAGGUUAACUUCUUCAGUCCUGAAGAAGAGGCUGCCUUCUCUCCUGUUGAUCAGUCUAGCCCGCAGAUUUACUCAAACGUCAAGGUUGAAGUUCCAAGCCCAGAAUUGAGUCCCGAAAGCAAUGCAAUUACUGAAAACGGGAAAGUUGACAAUGUUUGUACAAAUCCGGAACCCACGGAGGCGACGCCGGAGAAAAGUGGUCCCGAAAGCAAUACAAUUACUGAAAAUGGAGUAGCUGACAAACCUUGUACAAAUCCCAAUCCGGAAUCCACGGAAGCGACGCCGAAGGAAGAGGUUUCUAAAGGGCCUAUGUUCAGAAAGAAAUAUACCGGAAAACAAAGACGAAGCAUCAAUAAAAAAUUAAUGAAGAUGAAAGCUCUUAAUGGAGAAAAGUGGUUGUCUAUAGAGGAAUUCCGACGUUUAAAAUCGGAAAGAAGAGCAGCAGAAUUAGCUAAAACGCAGGAGCAAAUAUUUCCACCGUUACCCAUCUAUGAACCCUUUAAACCUCCCGAACCCCCGGAACCUCCAGCCCUUUGUUCCGAAGGAAGUUAUCCAAAAAAGAAAGAAGAAGACGGAAGAUAGAUUUUCUAAUAAAGAUGGCUCUUAAUGGAGAGAAGUGGUUGUCUAACGAGGAAUACUGCCGUUUAAUGUCGGAAAGAAAUAAAGCAGCAGAAUCAGGUAAAAUGCAGGAGCAAAUAUUUCCACCGUUACCCACCUAUGA